AUGGGAACAAAUCCUCUUACGACUAUUCUAGUCUCGUGGUCUUCUACGUAUGCCCAAAAUAUGAGCUCAAAAGCGGUUGGGCACCUCGAUUCAACACCCAAAAACAACGAUGUUGAAAUAAAAACGAACAAAAUCGAUGCUUCAGAAAAGGAUCAUCAAGCGGUAGAAGACUCGAACGACGUUAUUCAACCAACUCAAGGUUCAAAGAAGUCACAAGAUAUUGUGUCCAAUUCGAAUCAAUCGAUUCAAAUAUUGUCAAUUGAUGUCGAAUGCGUAGCUACAGGAUAUUCUCAUCUGGAUCGAGCACCAUGUAGUGUGGCCAUUGUCAAUGAUCAGUGUGAGAUCCUCUUCGAUUCAUUGAUCAAACCAGAUAAACCUAUUGUCAGUGAUCUGUUUCCCUUCAGUGGUGUGCGUAAAGUAGAUCUUCACCAUGCUCCAUCUUUCGAUGAAGUAAUCAAAAAGGUGCAUUCAUUUUUUACGCCAACAACUUUGAUUGUUGGCCAAUCGAUUAUGAGUGAUGUCAAUUGGAUGAAACUUGAGAAAGAUGUACAUUACAGUGAUUUGAUUGAACUGGGUGACGAAUUUGAGACGUUCAAUCCCAAAUAUGGCAAUAAGACGUACUUUUCUCUAGCUCAUGAAGCAUAUGUGUUGUUAAAAAUCGACCUCAAUGCCACCGAAGGUCAUCUCGCUCGAAAUGACGCCAAAGCAAGUAUACAACUAUAUAAUAAAUAUCUAAAGGAUAAAGACCAGUCGAAGCUUGAACAAGCACGUCGAGAACUUCUUCGUGCACCAACAACAAUUUCACCUCUUCGACGUUUUUCUGGUGUCUAUGAGAAGGUUUGCCUGUCUGCAUUUAAUCCAGGAUUUUGUCGCUGCGGACAACCAAUGGUUAAUGAAUUGCACAAACGACCUAAUAAAAAACGGAGCCAAAAUUCAAAUGAUCAAAAGGAGGAAUUAUCUCCAUCGACGAAUAAGAAAAUGAAAGUCAUCGACGAGAAAAACAAGAGUUGA